AACGAUCGAAUAACCAAACUGAAGAUCGAUAACAACCCGUUUGCCAAAGGAUUCCGCGAGACGGGUCAGUCGCGCUGCAAGAGGAAACUAGGCAGCAGCAGCAGUGGUAGCAGCAAUACAUCAACGUCAUCCUCCUCGUCGUCAUCGUUGUCGUCCUCCGGAACAUGUGGCCAAAUGACAGAUGACGAGGAUCGCAACGAUCUGCAACAGCUCCACGAGGCAAAGCGGGCCAGAUCAAACGAGCUGUCGGAAUCGAUGGACCCCGGCCGGCUGCUAAUGGGUGGACUGGAGCACGGAAUGGGGCCCGACGCGUUGCGACUGCAGAUGCAUCGAAGGUUUCCGCCGGGUUCUAGUGCGGCAGCUGCCGCCGCCAACGAACUACUGAUGCGUCAGUACAAUCAAAUGUUCAAUCCCAGCUGGAUGGAUCUAAUGAUGCCGUACUUUGCCCGAAACCCGUACCAUCCGCACCAAGGGUUGGGACCGCAACAUGCACCCCAUCAGCUGGGACAUCCCUUUCUACCGGUGACGGUGAAUCAUCAGUUGAGUCCGGCACCGGUGCCACCGCAAAUAUCACCCACGGAAUCCAUUCCCGAGUCGGACCGAUCGUCCGCCUUCAGUGUGACACAACCGCUGAGCUCGGAGGAUGUGCAUCCGGUUCGAUCGUCACCCGUUUCGGUGGUGGAAUCUUCAUCGGCGAGGAGCCACGCUGGGGAUGAUCCGCCUAUCGAACAGCGGGGAGAUGGGAACGAUGACAGUAAAAAAGUGAAUUUCAGUAUUGCAUCCAUAUUGCUUCUGUAGGAGAAUACUUGUGUGAUUUAGAUUUUUAUAUCUGAUGUAAUACUCUCGUGUGUAUAUUUAUGAACUCCUCGGACACCUCAUUAUCAAGUGCUUUUGCAUUUUCUGUGAAUGUAUUGAGAUUGUGAAUAAGAUUUACUGCUUUGAAUAAAUGAUA